AUGAUUUCUUCUUCUGUUCCUCAGACCCAACAGAUUUACAAUGGUCUCAGUUUAUGGGAAUUGGCUCACCUCAAAAUCUUACGGGGGGGGACUCAAUCUUAUCCUAUACAGCAAACCACACAGCACUUGGUUCAAGCUGAGGAUAAACUCGGCGAUUUUUCUCCUUUGCAGAAUCUUGCGAAUGUUCCACAGUGGCUUGAUGGAGCAUACCGCCCACCCAUAUCCUGCAGCCACUGCCGUAGACAUCGAUUGCAAUGUCUUAUACUCCGAACCACAGCAGCUAAUCCAAACCCUAUUAAUUCUUGCUCUAGCUGCGUGGCACUCUUCCGGGAAUGUAGUCUAGCCAAAGGCGAGAAACGACUCCCGUCUCGCUUUGAGACAUUUUCACCCGUACUCGGUCAUCUCCAUGGUCUGCCAGAGGACGCAGAAUAUGGCGCAGCUGACCAGCAGGAUUUUCCCGGUCAUGACCUCGCAGUAACCCAGGGCGUUGAUCUUGGACUUGAAAACAGAGAGGAACGCAAAGAUUCCAAACAGUUUGUCCGGAAAGGGGCCAGGGUCUUACGAGAAUGGUUUUAUCAAAACCAAGAGUACCCGUAUCCUACAGAUGCACAGAAAGAACAGCUUUCGACGGAAACUGGCUUCUCUCAAAGGCGUGUUUCGACUUGGUUUGCGAAUGCUCGUCGUAGACAAAAGCAAAAGAUCCAAUCAUCGAAACAAACUUCGAACUCACGUUCCCGUGCAGGCUCUCCGAUGGUUACCAGCACGUUGAGUUCAAUGACUCCCAUGGAACGCUGGAAAGCAUCACCACCUGAAGACGAGCCCAUUUUGGAAUCGGCCAUUCAAGAUGCCAUCGCCUCGGGCGUGGCAGACCCCGGUCCUGCGUUUGACCCGUUUCACUUCGAUGGAUCUGCGACAGACCUUUUCAAUCUGGAUAAAACAUCUUCACAUCUCGCCUCGUCUGCUUCUAGCUUUGAGAGUAGAGCCUCUGAGACUUCCGACAGUAUUUCCUCGGCCUGGAGCCAUCAAUCUGGAGAAGGAAAUAUACCCUUCCCGCUUCUUCCUAAAGCUCCAAGCACUAGACGACAGCGAGGAAGGCGACUUUCGGGAGCUGAAUGUCAAUACCAGUGCACAUUCUGCCCUUCAUCCUUCCGAAAGCGACAUGACUGGGCUCGGCACGAAAAAAGUGUACACCUUCAACUCGACUCGUGGAUCUGCACACAGAAUCUCGAUGAACUCAACCAACAAUAUAGCAGUUCUGUAUCCAACUGCUACUUUUGUGAUGCUCCCAACCCAACUCCCGCUCACUGGGAUGAACAUGAAUUUCACAUAUGUGCCGGAAAGCCGAUUGUGGAAAGAUCUUUUAGUCGAAAAGAUUAUUUAUGUCAGCAUCUCCGCAAAUUUCAUGCGUGUACCAAGCUUCCUUCUUCAGAUCUGGAUUUUUGGAGAGGUUCUGGCGGUGAUGUUGAGAGUCGUUGCGGGUUUUGCAAUCAAGAUCUUUCUACCUGGGCUUCCCGAGCUGAACACCUGGCGGCACAUUUCAAAAAGGGAGCCCGUAUGGAACAAUGGCAAGGUGAUUGGGGACUAGAUUUGUCGGCCAUGAACAUUUUGAGAAACGCUGUUCUGCCAUCACGACGAUCUUUUGUGUCGGGGUCUAUAUUAUAA